UCUCUCCUAUUAGAGCAUGGACCGUAAUCUAUCCAGCAUGGCUGCAUGAGUCAUAAAAGCGAAAGAGUUUUCUCUGAAGAGCAGAUGUCUGGCGAACCAGCCCAUGGAGCUCGGUGGGUUGAGGAUGUGGAGGUGAAGAUGCUGAACUCGCAGGAACGGAGGCCAGUGGAACCCCAGCCUAGAGUCCUCUGGACUGGCCCCCUGCUGAGCCAAAAUCUCUCUGGCUAUCUCUCCCAUCUUCUCCACCAUUGCGAUGUGCUCUCCUGUUAGCUCUCCUGGGUUUCUGCAGUUUUGGAGAUCCAGUUUUUCUGGGUUCUCAAUAGUACACUCAAUAUCUAUAGGCUGCGCCAGUAAAUUCUGCUUACAAUUCUGCCAAUAUCUAACUUGAUGCACUUUGCAGGACAGUUCCCGGACACAGUUCUGCUACCUGAUGUGUAUCCGGGGAAUAAGGAGGUAGUGAUGAGUGGCCGCGGGGCUCCGGUCACGGAAACAGACGUAGUCCGAGUCUUCGUAGACAACCUCAGCUCGGUCGUCCUCGGCUGCGAUUCGACAAAACACGCAGCUUCCGCUUUCAGCCAUGUUCAAGUCUCUCCUCCCUCACGCGCGCGAGCGUGCGAGGGGAUACCGAAGCUCCGCCCCCGUACGUUGCCACAGCAACGUCUACACAGACCGCAAUCCGCUUACAUUGAACUAGAGGGGACGGGCUGAUCUUCCAAGAUGCUGGCUCGGGCGCGGCUGAAACUGAAGAACACAGAGAGCUCCAUCGCCUUCAUUCAGGAGCAGCACACGCGGACGCUGGAGGGCUUGCAUCAAGAGAUCCAACAACUGCAGCAGAAGAAUGCGCGUCUGACGUUUGAGCUAGCCGUCCAGGGUACUUCAGCACCUAAGCAAGAGACCUGCAAGCAUGCCGACGAGAUUCAGGCCUACAAGAGCGAGGUUCAUUCACUCCAGACCGCACUCACUACUUGCAAAGAAGAGAUAAAGUUUCUGAAGCACAAGUUGAUGAGCGUGGAGUCGAAUCUUUCUGAGGAGGUGGCUGAGCGUGAUGCCCAGAUUGGUCACCUUAGUGCAGAAGUGGAGCGGAGAGCACGGAUCAUUGCCCACUUAACAAAGCAACUCCAUCAAAUGAGGAUGGAGUUCACUCGAUUCCUGGAAGAUGCCUCCCGUAUGCAGAGUGUAACAGUGGCACCGGGACCUGACCACAGCGGUUCUCAGAGGACCGCAACGGUAGAGCCUCCGGCGACAGCGGUCGGUCAAAUCAGACGCAGAACCAGACGAGCCACUUCCUCCGCCAUUCCCCACAAUCCUGACAUUCACCAAGAGAAGACAGUGUUACAUCGGUCCCUUCCUACUCCUGUUACUCACCACCCCCUCUCCUACUCCCCCUUCUCCGUCUGCCUCCCCGAGGCCUCCUUCCACCUCUCCACCGCCAAGAUCAAGACAGAGGUCUGGCAGAGUGCUCCGCAGACCUUCCCAAACUGCCACUACCACCCCUGACAGGUCACCACAGUCUCUCCAAAGACCCUCCACAAACCUCGACCCUGUCAGAAUUCAGAAACCCCCUCCAGACAUCACCGAUAUCUUGAGAAACAGUUCCGUCAAUUCCACCCCAAAUCUCUCCAAAGCUGUAGCACCUAUUCUGCCCCCGAUCCCGGCAAAUCCCAGCCUGCUGGCUCGUCAGCGGAACCCGACACUCGGCUGUCAGAGAAGGAAGAGAAGAGGGAGAGAAGAUUGCUGGUGAAAGAGGAGCUGCCCCAUGGGAAGAACCAAGCAUGGCAGGAGCUCCACCAGAGUGGCUCCGAUUAGGACAUUUGCCAUCAGUUUGUUUGCUGUGGUGUGUACCAAAUUACCAUGAAUGCUGCAGUGUAAUGUAGCUAUUAAUUGAUUCACAUUCCGUUAACGCUAACGGUCGCGUGAAAUAGAGAUGUCUUUGGCGAGCGGCGUUUGUGCCGUCUCUGCUCUCAUCUGGCUGUGCCUAGGACAAGGAUACGCGGACAAACCUUGGUGGAUAGAGCAAAACCCGAGCUGGUAUCUGGAGCACUACGGCACUACUGAUGAACAGGAGGUUCCUCAAGGCGCUGAGACGCCAGUUUCGCACUCGAGUCGUCACAGAUCGUCCCAAAAGUGCAUCAUGGCGUCUGUACAUUUAGGGGCCUACCCAUUGGGGUUCAGAAUGGAGGAAGUCAGAGGGUUCACCCUCUUGCCCCUCUUCGACAGUGAUCAGUUGUCUGAGGAUGCAUGCCUGCAGAAGUGCUGCACCCUGGGCCCAACAAAAUGCCAGUAUCUCUGGUUCAUUGAAACAUACUGCAUCGCAGCUGCCUGUAGGAUGUCCUUGCCGUACUACUGUGGAUAUGCACAGAUUCCUCCACAUAUUCCACAUGUUGGGGCUAAAUAUGUCAGCAUUCAGUACAGCUUAGACGUCAGUAGUUGGGAAAAUGGGAGAACACUAUCUCCACCCACUGCCCCUAACAACCAACCCCCACUCGCUGAGGAGACGACGUCACUAUUACAUAAUGGAAAUCAACCUCCCACAGUUGGUGUGAUAUUGCCGAAGGACGUAGUCACUCAAGAUUCAGAGGUUGUCUUGUCUGCACAGCUCAGUGACCACCAUCAUCAGGGAGCUGUGGAGUACAGUUGGGAGUUGGUGGCUGCUGAUCCUCCUGAGAACAGGAAACGAGUUGUCAUUGUUACUGAGACCUCCACGGCCCAUCUCUCUGUACUAUCGCCUGGAGUCUACACUGUUCAACUGACAGUGAAGGACUUGGCCACUGGACUGUCGGGCUCUGCUGUAACUACUGUCACCGUCCUACCUGCUUCAAUUAUCCCUCCACUUGUUAUAGAUGUGCCUCACACUUCGCCAAACAGCACAACACCGGCUCAAACAUCUACUCUGAUAAGACCGACAAUGACAGCAAAUCCGACAAUGACAGCAAAUCCUCUACCACACAAGAGCCACUCUCAACCAGACAAGACCAAACCAAGCCGAAUCAAUCCAACAGUGACCACCACUGCCAAACCCACCUCGGCUCCUUCCCCCGUACCAGCUGAGGCACAGGCAUCCAAAUCCUCAUCUUCGUCGUCUUCUGAUACUGACUAUAGCCUCUAUAUGAAGGUUGGAGUACCUGUUCUCUCCAUUGUACUGGUCAUUCUGACAGCCAGUGGUUGUAUCGUGGGUGCUGCCUCCUGUGUCAUGUUCCAUGGACAGAAUGACAAAAAGAAAUACAGGUACCGGAGACUGAUCUACACUGAUACAUGAUAGAACCCGCUGCCAACAAUCAAAUUUAUCACAUCUCU